ACCGCCUCUGCCCGUCGCCACCACCACCUGUCACAGUUCCGCUCACACCUCCGUUCCAUCACCAUCGCCUCACUCUUCUCGUCUCGCCAGUGUAAUUCUUGUGGCCAGUGUGACUUCCGUGUCUUGUGACGUCUUAAAGUGUGACAUCCUAGUGCCGCGUCUUGACUGUGGUGUAGUGGUGAUAGGGAGACAUAGACAGACACUCACUGACUCUCUCUCUGUGCCUAACGUUUGUACAGUACUGUCCGUUUAAGUGUGGUGUGUGCGUCAGGAUAGGAAGUGUGAGGCCGUGUUCUUUAGUGUGUUAUGCGCCCUUUCGUGGAUGCACUCCACAUCAUCUUUGAUAAUGCCCAGUCAGAGGAACGUUUCUCCUAACUCCGGCACAAUCCAGUUCCCGGCAUAUCCCAGCCCGUUCUCCCGGCACCUCACACCGAGUCCCUACUCUCAGCUGGUGUCGCUCAGCCCGCGCUCUGAACACGAUUCACCUAGCACUUGUUCCCGGCAGGCGUCACUCAGUCCAUAUUCCCAGCAGGAUUCACUCAGCCCAUACUCCAAGCAGACGUCACGCAGCCCACACUCCCAGCAGGUGUUACCCAGCCCACAGCCCCUGGAAGCCUCACCCAGCUCUGUGUCUCAACAUUUGCCACCCGACGUGCUUCCUCCGCCGCCACAAACACAGCGGACUCACUCGGGGUCGCCGUGGUCUUGUACCGUGAAGGUGUCCUCCAGAUCACAGGAACCUUUACCCUCGGCUGGUUCCUCAGUGGCCUCGCGCUCUAUCCCGUCCUCGUCCUUGGCCACCAGCAACCAGGACAGAGUUGAUGUAGACGCCUGUGACACACGUGGCGGCGACUGGAAGGGGGGCCGUGGGAAGAAGAGAGGCAUGCUGGGGAUGGUGUUGUCGGUGGUGGGCGACUGUAUGAAGGCAGUCGAGCCCGCCCAGAGGAACUUGAUCGAGGACCCAGAGUUGGUGCUCGAGGCCAGCGAGGAGAGCGGUCGGUCUCAGGGUGGUGGCGGGUCACAGCUGCGAGACGCGGGCCAGGGCGGCAGGUCGGAGGGACAACGAGUUUCGCAGCAACAUCACCACAACGGAGCCAGCAAUAACCUCUACAUCAUCGAUGAGUUCCGCGGGGUGGAGGAGGAUUUUCACUACUGCCCCCAGUACACUCCAGGGGUGACCUCACACUCCCUUGACGUGGCCAAUGUGCACGUUAACAACAACAACCACCACCACCACCACGUAGCAGCCAAGAAGAAGGGGAAGGUGGUGAAGGAGUCGACCAGCCGCCGGCCUCUGGUGCUCGUGUUUAGCUCACACCGCGGGUCAUCACGCACCGCCAACAAGCGCUUCAGAUCUUCCUCAGGUGGGUAUUGCCUCCACACCUCACCCUAG